CAAAAAAUGGAAUUUGAUAAUAUUUGGAGUAUUAUCAACAGACUGGAAAUGUUCCAAAACUCUGCUGAGAAAUCUACGAGAUUGUCUAAAAUUAAAAUCCUCCAAACUCUUGGAGAAAAUUCCGCCAAAGAUUUGACAAAUAGUGUACAGUACAAUAGGAUCAGUAAGAUUAAUUCCACAACAUGGAGAGGAUAUCUUGGUCAGAAUUUGAACGAUACAAAUGUGUCUGAUUCCGGCGUUUAUAUCUCCGAACAUUUCUCGAGUUUUCGACCAUCUCGGGCAGAAAUCUUUUUGGGAUGGUUCUGUACAGUUUCAGUUGGAGAAAAGUCUGGUUGGAAACACAGUUAAAACAAUCAAGCAACAGAAUUGAGAAAUGUCUGCAAUUUCAGGAACCUCCUGGAUCUGAAAAGCUCGCUGGUUUUCAAUAUUUGAGAGGUCGUCUUCAAAAAGCUAGAAGAAACUUCAUGUUUAAAACAAAUCUUUCAGAUAUUCCCGAAGUUCAAGAGGAAAUCUCUAAUUCAACUGAAAAUGAAUAUCAAACACAAAUAGGUGAUAGUAAUUUCAUCCUCCGAAGUCGACUGGACUCCCCUCAUUUACCACCUCCGACACUCUUCCGAAGUCGACUGGACUCCCCUCAUCUACCACCUCCGACACUCCUCCGAAGUCGACUGGACUCCCCUUAUUUACCACCUCCGACACAAAGAGGAAGUUUAAAAACAAAAUUCAG